UACUAACCGCCUCAACAUUCCCGCCACUUCCCUUAUAAUUCCCCAACUUUCAAUUCCAUUUCUCCUUUUUUCCGACCCCAUCAAUUCCAUUCCGAUCAACAGAAAAAAACUACUCCACUGUAACACAAACGCCAACAAAGCCCGCCGCCGCGGCGCUUGGUUAACGCCAAGCGUCGCCACCACCGCGGCCGCCGCCGGCCGCCCACACAAAUGGCGGACCAAAUUUCCGUUGCUCCACAACACAAUCACCAACACGCCACCGGCGCGAUUUCCAGCGUAGAACAGUUACUGUUUCUCGACGACGAUGACGGCGGCCGCGGCAACCCUUUGCUCGACGACGUCGUAAAUGGAAUGAUCGAGGAGAUGAGCGGCGACGCAAAUUACGGCACUAAUUCUCCUCAAUUUUGCUCUGUUCAUGAAAACGCCGUCAGCAACCAAACUGCGCAGUUUGCCGAUAUUCCGCCGCCGCCGGCGUUUGGAAACCCGAUGCGCGUUCCAGUCUGGCCGGUUCCGCCGUCUCCGUACAGUUGCAGUUGUUGCCAAACUCUCAGAGAAAUUUUCCAUGUCAAUGGGAGUCGAGUGUUGAAGCUUGGAAUCCAUGGAAGAUUAUGGCACAUUAGCCAUGCCGUGCUUGAGAGAUUUGACAGCAAAUCCUCACCUGAAAAUCAUGAAUAUUAUAUGUUUGAUUUCUGCAACGAAAGCAUAGGCAAUGUGAAGCAAUUCUUGAUUCAAUACUGCAACGAUCGAAAACUAGAAGGCUUCAUCAUGCUGCAAGAUCCUCUAUCCAACUUCUACGACGCGUUGUGCACCGGUUGCUUCCACCAUCACCAAAGUUUACAAGGAGAUGGCCACGAAGGCGAGGUUAGCCGGCUAGAGGAAGAGGCCAAUGGAGUGAGACUACCUAAGAGCUACAUUGCAUCACAGAGGGAGAGAGCAGGGAAGAUGAGAUUGAGGGAUUUGGCUAAGUAUUUCCAUCUCCCCAUCAACGCCGCGGCUAAGGAGAUGAAGCUAUGCCCUUCUGCAAUCAAGAGCGUAUGCCGCAAGGAGGGCUUGAAAAGGUGGCCUCAUAGAAAGAUAAAGAGCAUCAAGAACGAGAUAGCAAAAAUGUCGAAGAACAUCAACUCAGCCGAUGGUAGUGAGAAAUCGCGCCUCGCGAUAGAGAUGCAGCGCCUUGAAAGGGAACUUGGCGCCUUCUAUCAAGAGAAAUAGUGGGGUGAUUUUGUGUUGGAGACUUGGUAUAGAUCAAUAGAUGAAAUUUGUAUAAAGAUUUUAGUAUUUAUAAAAACAUCAGGUAUAUAUGUUAAAAUAACUGUCAAGGUGCAUUAUAAUAUAACGAAGAAGCGUA